CAUCAUCAUAUACUACGAACUGUCAAAACAAAGAAAAGAGAAAAAAUUUCUUAGCUGCAGAAAAAAGCCAUUCCCGAUUCAUCAGCAAUUUUCCUGACCCCAUAAUUCGGGAAAACCUUUGAAACUAUUUAAAAUAAAGUAUUAAACUUUAAAAAUUAUAAAAAUUGUUAAUAGCUUUAAAAAAACAAUCUACAAUAUCCACAAAGAAAAGCUAUAUAAAAAUUACUGCAACCUAUAAAGUGUAGAAAGAAGAAAAAAGAAAUACAAAAAAAUGUCUGAAUUACAAAUGGAUUGUGCUUUAGAUUUAAUGCGUCGUUUGCCGCCCCAACAAAUCGAAAAGAAUUUAAGUGAUCUUAUUGACUUGGCACCCGAUCUAUGUGAAGAUUUACUUUCCUCCGUAGAUCAACCAUUGAAAAUUGCCAAAGACAAGGAACAUGGCAAGGAUUAUUUAUUGUGUGACUAUAAUCGUGAUGGUGAUUCAUAUAGAUCUCCGUGGUCGAAUACCUAUUAUCCCCCCUUAGAAGAUGGUCAAAUGCCCUCGGAGCGUUUGCGUAAAUUGGAAAUUGAAGCCAACUAUGCCUUCGAUCAAUAUCGCGAAAUGUACUAUGAGGGUGGUGUUUCUUCAGUCUAUCUAUGGGACUUGGAUCAUGGAUUUGCUGCUGUUAUACUUAUUAAAAAGGCGGGCGAUGGCAGUAAAAAAAUUCGUGGCUGUUGGGACUCUAUACAUGUUGUGGAAGUCCAAGAAAAACCUACCGGUCGUACAGCACACUAUAAACUUACAUCCACCGCUAUGUUAUGGUUGCAAACCAACAAACAAGGUUCCGGUACAAUGAACUUGGGUGGCUCUCUAACCCGGCAAACUGAACAAGACGCCAAUGUUAGUGAGUCUUCACCACACAUUGCUAAUAUUGGACGAAUGGUCGAGGAAAUGGAAAAUAAAAUACGCAACACCUUAAACGAAAUCUAUUUCGGUAAGACCAAAGAUAUCGUCAAUGGUUUGCGCAGCACCCAACCUUUGGCCGAUCAGCGACAACAAGUGGCCAUGAAGCAAGAUUUAGCUGCGGCUAUUUUGAGACGCAAUGUUAAACCUGAUUCUAACUGAAAUUAAAAUGGCUCAUAGAGCCACCACCCACAUAGCAGUUUAGAUGAUGAUGAUGAAAAUGAUGUCGAUGAUAAUAGUUGGGAAUGGCGAGACGAGAAGUUGUACAAGAAGAAAACAAAGUUUAUGAAUGUUGAAAGAAAGCGAAAGUAUUAAAUUAUUCAACAUGACUGGGCAUUAAGAUGUUAUAAAAAUCACCUUUUUUAUAUGUAUUUUAUUUGUUUAGGAAAUCAAUCAAUUACAUGAACAAAAACACAAAAAAAAAAAAAAACAGAAUUAUAUAGGCCUAGUUAUUUAAACAUAAAUAGUAUAGACGUAAUAUUUAAAUAAAAAACAAAGUCAAAAAACA